AUGCGGGUUCUUUGCGUGGCCGAGAAGCCGUCCAUCUCCAAAGCCGUUACUGAUCACCUGUCUGGCGGGCAAUCACAGACUCGCAACACAAAUGACCGGUUCACCAAGAACUACUGCUUUAGCUUUAAUUUCGGCCCACCAUGGAACCAGUGCGACGUCACCAUGACAGCUGUCCGCGGCCAUCUUCUCGGCAUGGAGUUCACCCCUGCCAACAAGAACUGGCAGUACCCCCCUCCAGACUCGCUAUUCCAUGCGCCGAUCGUAACGACUGUGGCUUCUGACAAAAAGGCGGUUGCCGACAACAUCGAGCAACAAGCACGCUACUGCGAUCUCCUCAUCAUCUGGACGGAUUGCGAUCGCGAGGGCGAAAACAUCGGACGAGAAAUCGUUGGACUGGCAAAAAAAGGAAAGCCGACGAUCCGCGUCAAACGAGCCAAGUUCAGCAACAUUGAAAGAACUCAUGUCAUACAAGCGGCGAAGAACCUGGUGGAUCUCGAUGAACGUCAGGCAGAUGCAGUGGACGCCCGAAUGGAGUUGGACCUCCGGAUCGGUUAUGCCUUUACACGGUUCCUGACCACCAACCUGAGGAACCUCGGCGGACCACUUGUUGAAAUGAUAAUUAGCUAUGGAUCCUGUCAAUUUCCAACACUGGGCUUUGUCGUCGAUCGAUACUUCCGGGUUAAGAACUUCGUACCGGAGCAAUUCUGGAGCAUCCACGUCAACCACACCCAAGAGGGCAAAAAAGUCAAGUUUGCCUGGUCAAGAAACCGUCUCUUCGACCGCAUGGCCGUCACCAUCUUGUACGAGCGAUGCAUCCAGGCAAGAACAGCAAAAGUGACCAAGGUCCAGGAGAAGCCGACGCGCAAGUGGAAGCCUCUCCCGCUCACGACCGUCGAGCUGCAAAAGGCAGCUACACGUCUCCUGCGCAUGAGCGGCCAGCAGGCCAUGAGCGUCGCCGAGGACCUCUACAACAAGGGGUUCAUCAGCUACCCGAGGACCGAGACGGAUCGUUUCGACAAGGAGAUCAACUUGCGGAACCUGGUGCAGAAACAGACGCAGUCCGACGCCUGGGGACAGUACGCCCAGGACCUUUUGAGCGGGAGCUUCAGUCAGCCCCGACAAGGCCGGCAUGACGAUAAAGCCCAUCCGCCCAUUCACCCCGUUACUUUUGCUUCGCCUUCUGUUCUGACCCAUGACGCGAAACGGCUGUAUGAAUACAUUGUACGUCGUUUUCUGGCCUGCUGCUCGGAUGACGCAAAGGGUGUGUCGACGAACGUGGAGAUUCUCUACGGUGAAGAGAGCUUUCACGCCCACGGGUUACAUGUGCUGGAGAGAAACUAUCUGGACGUGUUCGUCUACGAGAAAUGGAAUGACACGACGGAGCUGCCCAAGUUCAGAGUGGGCGAGGUCUUCCAGCCCACCGAGGCCAUGCUGACCGAUGGCAAAACCAGCCCGCCGAGCUAUCUCACGGAAGCCGAUCUCAUCGCGCUGAUGGAUAUCAACGGCAUCGGCACGGACGCGACCAUGGCCGAACACAUCCAGAAGAUCCAGGAUCGGGAGUACGCAGCCCUCAUCGACCAAACAGGCCCAGCGGCACAGGAUGACGACGACGAUGAGGUUGAGUCACCGCCGGCCAGAGGAGGGGCAAGAGGGGGCCGCAGCAGCCGUGGAGGCAGAGGCCGAGGCGGUCGUGGAGGACGCGGAGGGGCGUCAUCCUCCGGCGGACGGGGUCGUCUCAAGGUGUUCGUGCCGACGAAACUGGGCAUGGCACUCAUUGUGGGAUUCGAUCGGAUGGAGCUGGAGACCAGCCUCGGCAAGCCAUUCCUGCGAAAGGAGAUGGAGGCCCAGAUGAAGGCCAUAUGCGAAGGUCGCGCUUCCAAGGCAGAGGUCCUUCAGCAGAACAUCGGUCAGUAUCGGCAGGUCUUCGCCCUCACGCAGGAGAAGAUGAACACCCUCAAGGAGGUUUGUUUGCCCCCGCCCCUUCCCCUUCCCUUUCUGCUGCGGAUCUUCCUGCCUCGCAUGCUGACACACACACACAGGCCUGUCGUGAGUUCAUCUUUGCGUGAGAGGUUGAGCACUAGCUUCCAGGGCUACACCCUCCUCCGGACCCUCCCCACGAUGGCACAGAGUCACGGUUUUCGCCCAGAACGCAUGUCGUUGAAAUCGGCUCAACAGGUACCUCGGACCGACGCAAGUAUGCACGCAAUCGAACACAGUUUGAGGUAUUUGUUGCCCUACUAUCCCUACCACACCGAGGCAGGUAGGUGGGGGGUGUCGAGUUAA